AUGAAAGUGAAAUACCAGGGAAAUGCAAGAGUGAAGCGGGGUCAACUACAAAGACUUCGCAGGUCGUUCAAAGUCUUAGAGAUGAAAGGUGGAGAAUCGGUGACAGAUUAUUUUGGAAGGGUGUUAGUUAUAGCCAACGACAUGCGGAAUUAUGGAGAAGAUAUGGAUGAGGUCAAGGUCGUGGAAAAUAUUCUACGGACACUAAUAGAAAAAUUCAAUUUCAUUGUGUGCUCGAUUGAAGAAUCCAAGGAGAUCGACCAACUUACAGUUGAUGAGCUGCAAAGUUUGUUACUGGUGCAUGAGCAAAAGCUGAGGAAACGAGAGAUCGGAGAAGAGCAAGUGGUUAAGGUAACAACGGUUUCAAAUCGAGGAAAAGGCGGAAGAGGAUACUACCAAGGAAGGGGCCGCGACAUUGGAGGGAGAGGAAGAGCAACAUUCGACAAAUCUAUCAUCAAAUGUUUUCGAUGUCACAAGCUCGGCCAUUUCCAGUACGAAUGCCUUUCAUGGGGACGAUAA